AUGUAUCAAUGCCAAACAAGUUCCGGUACUAUAUUCAGCGAUGCCGAACUGCACAAGGGCUUUGCUGUCCGAUUACUUCCCGGCAAAGGCCGCCACCUUGUCGCAACACGGUGGUUCAACCCAGGCGCCGUUGUCCUGCAGCAGGAUCCUUACGUAUCAGUCCUUUCAGAUGAGCGGACGCCAGGUUUCUGCGAUUUUUGCUUCCGGCCCUGCGAGCGGCCGCUGCGAUGCACCCGCUCCAAGCUGGCCCGAUACUGCUGCAAGGAGCAUCAGCGCUUAGCAUGGGUGGCUGGCUACAAGAUGGAAUGCGAGGCCCUGGUGCGGUGUGCUCCGCGCGUGCCGCCACCGACGGUCCGCCUGGCCGCUCGCCUGCUCUGGCGCCGCGCAAGGUGUGGGGGCAUUAACGGCCUGUGGCGUUUGGAGCACCACUGGGACGAACUAGAUGACCGCCGGAAGCAGCUAUACGCGCAAAUGGCCGUCGUGACCUGGUGGGUGGCUCGGUGGGGCACGUGGCCUGGCUUUCGGACGGUUGCACAGCUCCUGUCCCUGCUGUCAUGCAACUGCCACACGGUGUGCGACGAGGAGCUGCGGCCUCUUGGGGUGGCCCUGUACCCCACGGGCGCGCUCGUCAACCACAGCUGCAGUCCCAGCACCGUGCAGACCUUUCACGGUAGCACACUGGAGCUAAGAGCCCUGCGUCAGCUGGCACCCGGGGACGAGAUAACCAUUGCCUACAUUGAGUUGGCGGCCACACGCCAGGAGCGCCGAGAGACAUUGGCGGACUCCUAUUUCUUU